CUGGGCCAGGGGUCGUCUUCAAAAGGUGGAUCGGAUCAUGGAGCCACUUCAGCCGGAAGCCUUGGGAUGAAGACGAGGCUUCUCUCUACGACGACGACUCUUCCAUUUUCUGUUUCGUUGCCAUUCUGCAGAGUCCAUGAGCGAGUGUCUUUCCUAUCGCGUGCCUGUCCUGACCGCCAGUUUCUCCUCCUCCGAGUCCGAUAUAUCCGAACGACGCAUGAGGCUGCAGCAGGCCCUUGUUUCCUCUUCAGUCACCAACAGCGACGCUCUGUUGCAGUAGCAACAUCAACAGCAGUAGCAGUAACAGCCAUGUCACACGAGAGACAGUCCCUGAUUGAUAAGGAUGCCCAGAGCGAAGCCAUUCCACGGGCACCCUGGGCAGCUGCCCGGCCGUCCCUCCGGGAUCCAUCCCGCCGUCUCCCGCAGGCAAUCGCGCACCGCGGUGCCAAGGCCUACUUUCCGGAAAACACCAUGGCCGCGUUCCGGGGCGCACUCGGAGCCGGAUCCCAUGCCAUCGAGACCGACGUCCAUCUCUCGGCCGAUGGUGUCGCCGUGCUGUCACAUGACCCAACCUUGAAGCGAUGCUUCGGCGUCGACGCCCGCAUCGCCGAUUGCUCGUGGGAGUAUCUCAGCACCAUGCGCACCCUCAAGGAGCCUCACGAGGCCAUGCCGCGGCUGCAGGACUUUCUCUCGUGGCUGGCCCAGCCGCGCUUUGACGAGAUCUGGGUUGUGCUAGACAUCAAGCUUGAUGAUGACCCCAACGAUCUGAUGCUUGCCAUCUCAAAGGCCCUUGAUAGUGUACAGGGGUCGGUGCCAUGGGAUCAACGUAUCGUGCUGGGAUGCUGGAACGCAUCCUUCCUCCAGGCAGCCCGCCGACACCUCCCGACUUUCCCCCUCGCCCAUAUCAGCGCCUCCCUGCUCUACUCGCACCACUUCCUCCGCGUCCCCAACCUCGGCUUCAACCUCAACCAGAAGAGCCUCGUGGGACCCCCAGGACGCAUGUUCCUCCGCGAGCUCCAGCGCACCGACAAGCUCCUCCUGACCUGGACCGUCAACGAGCCGCGCUGGAUGGAGUGGUGCAUCCGACAGAACCUGGGCCGUGGGAGGAGUUCCCCCGGUGCUGGCCCUGCCCUCAUCGACGGGGUCAUCACCGACGACCCACGGCUGUACCUUGAUGUGUGUGAGCGUUUCGAGGACGAGAUGGACGGCAAGGUCAUCCGGCCCAAGAUGGGACUGGCUCAGAAGGCGAGGGAAGAGGUGAGAGCUGUGUGCUCGGUGCUCUUCUUCCAGGUCCUAGUCAUGGCCUACCACAUCGUCAGGAGAGUCCAGGGAAAGUUUGACUACCUCGAGGAUCGCAAGAGUUUGGAUAGACGGUAG